UGGACCCCCCACCCCCAUCCCCCCCUCCCGUGAACCUCCUCCCCGUGGACUCCGCUCUCCGUUUCCUGAGGAUGCUCCGGUGUUCGACGUCGGCGCAGAUGGAUGGAUGCGAACAGGACCGGAACACGGAGUGUUCCAGACUGACCCAGGAGAGGGAUGAGGCCCAGAGGCAGCUCAAGCACAUCAAGAGAGUGUCUCAGAUGGUGAUUGAGGAGGUUGGCGUUCUGCAGACGCAGCUGGAGAUCGAGAAGACAUGUCGGGAGAACGCCGAGGCCCUGGCCACCAAGCUGAACUCUGAGAACAGGAAGUUGAAGUACCUGAGCCUGUCGUCGCGGCCCUGUCUGGACGAGCUGCUGCCCAGUAUCUCCGACUGCAUCGCUCUGAAGGUGGACGCUGAUGGCACAGAUGGGAACGCCGACGGCACAGAUGGGAGCGCUGAUGGCACAGACGGGAACACCGACGCCUUCGCACGGUACCAGCAGCAGGUCAAAGAGCUCAGGGAAACCGUCAACGGCCUGUUGGACGAGAAAAAGGCGUUCGUCUGUCAGAUUCAUGAGCAGCAGAGACGGAUCGAAGAGCUGAGCGCUCAGUCGGAGAAGCAUCAGGAGGAGAUCAAGGAGCUCCGAGAAACUGUAGAUCAACAAAACAAGACCAUCAAGAGGUUCAACAGAGUCUCCAUGAUGGCCACUCAGGAGUACGAAGGCAUGAAGGAACAACUGGACCUGGAGCAGAACCUCCGGGUCAAAGCUGAGACCUUCGCACAUGAGAUGCUGGUGAAGCAGAAGGAGGCCAACAGGCAGAGCGUUCUGUUGAUGCAGAGUUCUGAACCCAGCGUUCAGCUGCUCAAGGCUCUGGAGGAUGUGGCUGCCGUCACCAAAACCCUGGAGGAGGAACGUCUGCAGCAUCAGCACAAGGUGCAGAGCCUGGAGGAGCAGCUGGAGCAGAGCUGUAUGAAGAAGCAGCUGGAGGAGAUGCAGAGACAGAUGGAGCUGCUGGAGGAGGAGAAAAAGGAGGUGGAGGCACGACUGGAACAGCAGGAGAAGAAGAACAAGGAGCUGGAGAGCAGAGUCCAGGAGCUACAGGAGACCCAGGAACACAUCACCAUGACGACCACAACUGGACCUCCACCUCCAGUGCCUGGGGUGGCCCCGCCUCCGGCCCCUCCCCCGCAGCCGCCUCCUCCCCCUCCUCCUCCGCCCCCUCCCCCGCCCCCACCGUCACGCUGCAACCCCCUCAGUUCUCUAAUUGCCAUCAUGAGGAAAGGCUCCAAAGGGUCCAAAGCUUCAGCCAAGUCAGAACCACCUGCAGCUGCUGAAGGCGUGGAUGACGUGAAGGUGAAGGCGGUGAAUGAGAUGAUGGAGCGGAUCAAACAUGGCGUCGUCCUUCGACCCGUCAAGUCUCAGGACUCUAAGAGAGCAGCAGUGAAACAGCCACCUCCAUGUGAGGAGAAGCAGCAGGAGAGCGCCAUGGACGAACUGAAAGGCAUCCUGGUAAAACAUGGACCUUCUGAGACAGUGAAACGAAGCCCGAGUCGAGGCUCUCAAGAGGCGGGGCUGAAGGAGGCGGGGCCAAAGGAGGCAGGGCCAAAGGAGGCGGGACCGAAGGAGGCCGGGCCGAAGGACAGCGAGCUGGAGGUGAUUCUGAGACGACGGCGCAACAAGGCGGGAGAAUCAGGAGACGAGCGUGAAGGUCACAUGACACACCUGUCAUCAUCUGACCACCUGAAUGGGAGGCGGGGCAGCAGCGACUCAGGUAAAGGGGAGGGGUCGGCGGGUCUGAGCGCCCCCCCCGAGGCCGGUCCGGGCAGACGGGGGUCAGGACCAGGACCUGUCGUGGCCCGGAGGAGGAGCUCGGACACGGGCAAAGAGCCAGGGGCGGGGCCAAGGUCCUCCAGCGGUCUGUCAAUCAACGGCUGCAUCAUCAGUGGAGAAGACAGUGGAACCCCUGAUGAGCGUGUCCAGUCCAACGGGGUGGACCUCAGUGGGCCCUGCGUGGACGCCGACACCGCCGUCAGUACCGACGCCCAGUGCUGAGGGACUCUGAGGAUCCAGGGCCCGGUUCUGAAACCUGAUCCAGCUUUGACUGACUGAUAGAGGAUCGAUGUGAGACCAGUCCUCUGGUUCUGUUCACAUCAGGCACAAAGAACGCACAUCAGUGAUAGUCAAUAAUCAAUAAGAGCUGUUUGAACCCUGUUAGACGAGAUGGAAAUGCAUUUGAAUUUAAAGACACAACAGGACGGAGACACUGGAGAAGAUGAUCCAAGAUGAAAAGCAUCAAUAAAUAAGAGAUCAACAGCAGAUCAAUACUAGAUCAAUAUUAGAUCAACAUUAGAUCAACCGUAGAUCAGCAUUAGAUCAAUAAUAGAUAUUAGAUCAAUACUAGAUGUAAGAUGAUAAAACUCACUCAGUCCAACAGCUGAUGUUCUUGUAUUUCAACCAUGUCCUAAACCUGUCGUCCUCCUCUUAUUGCCAUGGUGACGUCAGGUUCUGGAAACAGGCCCGUGGAUCCCAGAGAUGGAACUGGAACCAGAACCGGAACCAAACGAGGAAAACUGCACAGUUUUGCACAAACCUCAGUUUUCUUCAGACGCCGACAAAGAACUGAAGGUUUUUCUGUUUGAUGGAUGAAGAAUCAUUUCAGUCAAAUGUAGAAGAAACGAACGGGAUGAAGUUAAAGUCCAGUUCAUCUAAGACUAAAACAAAUUCUCCUUCUUCUUCCUCUUCUUCUCCUCCUUCUUCCUCCUCUCCUCUUUCUUCUCCUUCUUCUCCUUUUUUUCCUAGGGCUGCACAGCUGCUUGUCUUUCCUUUCUUCACUGCUUCAGUUUAGUGACUAUAAUGGAAAAAAUAAGAUUGUGAAUUAAAAACUGCAGAAUAAUUAUCCAAAUAUACAAAUAUCCACAUCCGAGUCCACAGCUGGUGGAUUUACUGAUCUACAGUAUGUGGCCAAAAGUCUGUGGACUCUCAGAUAAUGUCACAUGUACCGUUAACAGAACCAUGGACCGGUUCUGUUUGAGUCAAACGGUGUCUGUUGAACGUUUCAUUCAACACUUUGGAUGAAUCUAGGUUUGACUGGACCAUGACUCAGUUCGACUUUUACUGAAUACAUUGACCUUUUCUCCUUUAAACUAAACCCUAGUAUGUUUUUCUAACUCAGAUCCAACUGUAAAAGGUUCCAAAACCGUCUGCUCUGGUAAUUCAUGACGGCAUUCAGCAGUUUUAACGCUAAAACUAGAAUAAAAGCUACAAUAGUUGCAGAAAUUUUUGGCCAUUUAUUGUACAGUCCAUGACAUACAGACAGUUUUAUUAGAUCUCAGUAUAAUCGACUGUUAUUAUCAUUCAUCCACUUUAUAGCAUCAAAAAAAACAACAACACCAAAUACAUUAUAAAGUAUUAAUAAUAAUAAUCAGGUACCACUUUACAAUAAAGAUAAAGGCAUUAACAAACACAUAAAUCAGUUUCCUUGGUUGAGAUUCACUAUUUGAAAGGAUUUAAUCAAAUUUUUAUCACUUUGUCAGUCAACUUAUUAAAUCAUACAUUAAUGAUUAACUAACAUUUAUAACCUGCAAUAAUGUAAAGUGUAAAAUACGUCACUAUUUACUAGAUUAUAGAGCCAGGUGUGUUCAGUAACAGCCUUCAUUUAAUCCUUCUUUAUUUUUUCCGUGUUUUUGUUCCUUUUUUGAUCCUUAAUACACAAUACUAUUUAGCUUUGCACUGCUAGCAUAAGUUAUCAUAUCCUAGCUCUGUUUCCAAACUACAAAUGAAAUUCAAAUCACACACUAGAACCAAAAACACACUGAGCUCUGAAUAUCAAAGUAUUUAACUCAUUAAAGUAACUAUAGUUUCAUUGUCAUUAAAGUAAUUCUAAUAGCAACGUACCAGUUUAUACAUGGAUAGUGCUAACAAUUAGCAUGCUAACCACUAAUGCGCAGUCAUUAGCUAAUGGUUUUCUCUCAUUUCACUGUUGUGCAGGUUGGGGGUUUUGCCACAUGAAUCAUUUUCAGUUUAGUCACGCUGAUGUUGGUUAGUAACAUAUUACCGAAUGUCAGAUGGGACUAACGAGUACCAAUAAAUGCGAAUAAUGGAAACAAAAGGCGCAAACAGAUCUGUAGCUAAUGUGAGCUCAAAAACAAGUCAUUAUUACUGUUUUCUAAUGCGUUAUAAGCACUUACUAAUAACUCAAAAAGUGUCUAGAACCUAAAUGUUCUUAUAAAGCAUGUAUAAAGGUACUUUUAUUGUAAAGUGGUACAGGUCUUUGACUCAGAAAUGCGAAGUCUCGGUUUUAAGGAGGAUUACUGUGUAAAAAAUGACCAGACUGAUGUUGGACUGUGCAGCCCUGUGGACGUUAUCUGGGUUUGUAGAGUUUUUUACACAUGAACUGUUUCCAACCUCCUCCUGAGUCUGACUGAAAACACCCAGAACCAUGUUACAACCAGGGUCCGGAGGUCCAAGGGUCAGGGUUCGGCUUCAGUCCAGGUCUGGUCGUGUCGACUCUCAGUGUUUGGUGACCGAUCAUGAAGGUCUGAGGGACAGUGUUGAGCUUUGAAGACCGUAGCACAGAUCCGGGUCCAGAUCCGGGUCCAAAUCCAGGUCCGUCUGCCUAUGCGUCCUCAGGGUCGUCAGGUGGACCUCCAUGGCCCGGGUCCUUGAACGCCGGCGUCAUCAGGAAGCUACUGAAGCCAUGUUGAAGGCGUUGGAGGAACCAGGUGUUCUGGUUCCACCUCCUCCACAUCCUUCCUUAAUGAUCUGAAAACCCGUCUUCCACUCCAUCACUGAGUCCCAUCCCUUCAUUCCGAGACGUCCUCGUCGUGUUCGUGCGUCCCCCGUCGUGCAUAAAUCGCUGUUCUGAAUCCUGAUGCAACAUUUUAACGAGUAUGCAACUAAGGCACAUUUGUACGACGCUCUCACACCUUAUUCUUUCUUAAAUCACACGUUCACAUGUUUCAGUGCGUUUAGUCAUUGACAGUUGGAUUUGGUUCUAAUGCAGAGGUCCGGACCGUAGACCACCAAUCACAGGCCUUGGGUCGUCUCAGGUCUUUCCGUUGGUCCAAUAGUCGGACAGAAGGGCGGUCGUAGUUGUUGUGUGUGUUUGGGAUUUACAUACAUGGAGUGUUGAAAGUUUUUUAAACUUUGAUCUUAGCAUCACUUGAAAUAAAUUGCAAUGAAACUU